CGCCCAACAGAAGAUUUGUCGUGAUGAACAUCUGGUGAAGAUAUGGCGCCAGAGUGGCACAGUACCCAAUGGCAGCAGCAGCAGCAGCAAAGUGAUGACACCCACCAAAGCUACCGUCUUCUUCUUCCUCCGCCCAUAACUUUCCAUGCUGUUAUCUUUGAAUGGUAUAAAAUAUGCAACUUGCUGACUCCCUCUAGCCCAUUUCCUCUUACUUUCCUCUCCCAAAAAAACCAGUUCACUCCAUAUAGAUAAUCAUAAUCAUUCAUCAUCCACCAAAUCCCAACUCACCCAGCACAAGACGAAGCCGCUCUUCCUUCCUUCCUUAGCUGGUAAUUAACCUCUAGCCUCCAAUUAAUCUGUGUGUGAUCCUUCUAUCCCUGUCUGCUUUUCCUGCUUGUUCUGAAGUUCUGGGCCAUUUGGGUCUUUUGCAACUAAUGGAGAAUCUUACUUAUGAGAGGGUAAAGUUCGGUUCUUUGUAUUUUUUUAUAGGAAAAGUUGAGUUCUUUUGGUUUUUAUGCCGAUCCUGGUAGUCAGAAUUUCGUUUAUUGGGUCUGUCUAGCUCGGUGAAAAUCGAAAUUGGCGAUAUGGGAUAAGAGAAUUUUGUAAGCAAUUUCGAGAAUUCCAGCAAAUUUCAUGCCUAUGGGAACAUCCCAAUGAUGCUACAAUUGCUAAGAGAAAGUAGUCAAGUUAAGGCCUUUUGUGUCAGACAGAAUCAAACCAAUUCUUAGACUGACUAGUGUUUUGUUUCUGUAAGAGUUGAGUUUCAACAGUGCAAGUCUUUCUUGUUGGUUGCUUGAUUCAUUAUGUGAUCAAGUAAAGAGUUGUUGGAUGGCUUCAUAUCAUCCCAAUCUAGCUGCAACAUCCUACCAUAUAUCUGGAGAUCCGUCCAUUCUUCAAUAUCCUACCUUAUAAUCCGGUUCAGGUCAGGUUAGCCAUCACUUCCCUUAGUCCUCUUCCUGUGAGGCAUACCUCAUUUUGGAAGCAAUCAGAGGUUCAUGUUUCAAGUUUAUACUCUUGUGUCAGCAUUGGCUAUCCGCUCGAUUUGGUUGUGCAAAAGGUUCACUGCCUUCUCAAGAACUCAGAACAGUCCAAUUUCUCCUCGAAAAUUCACCCCAUAAAGCCAAGUUGCAGAGCUCAUUAUAUCAUCCACAGUUUGAUCUUUGUUGAGUGUGUUGCCUAAGUUUAGCGAGAAGCAGUUCGUACUUCAACUAAGCUAAGCUAUAGAGAGGUGGUAAUGGCAAAGUGAGGGUUGUCUUCUCUUGUUUAUAUAGCUCUAUUUCAUCACAUUUUGAAUGAUGCCUUUCUGUUCCAAAUACUGCUACUAGGCAUGUUCAGCGAGUAAAGUGUGUUUGUUGAGGUCUUACGUUACUUCUAUAAGCUCAUCACCAUUAGCCCUCAUACUCGGUUUCCUUUCAUAAUUCGCCUUGUUGCUGCAAUAUAUAUACAUGUAAUAAUUCCUGCUCGUCCGGUUGACACCAAAUUAAAUGCUUCCUGCUGCAUAAUAAUGCAGGGUGAGAUAGACAGAAAAAGGAAAAUGGCAGGCAUAGCAACAGCAGAAGCGUGCGACUCGAACGCCCCACUCCUGGCGAGUGGCGACCUCCGAGUCCUCCACCCGGUGUUCACCAUCUACGGGCAGAGCCGCAUGUUCUCUGGCCCCAUCGUGACGCUCAAGGUGUUCGAGGACAACGUCCUGGUGAGGUCGAUGCUGGAGACCAGAGGGGAGGGGCGAGUCCUGGUGGUGGAUGGCGCGGGGAGCAUGAGGUGCGCCCUCGUAGGGGGCAACCUCGGCCAGCUGGCUCAGAACAACGGAUGGGCCGGGAUCGUGGUGAACGGAUGCAUACGAGACGUGGACGAGAUCAAUGCCUGCGACAUCGGGGUCAGGGCGCUGGCUUCCCACCCCAUGAAGUCCAACAAGAGAGGGCAUGGGGAGAAAGGCGUGAACGUGCACAUUGCCGGAACUCUGAUCCGUGAUGGGGAGUGGCUCUAUGCGGAUAGCGACGGCAUUCUCGUGUCCAAAUCCGAGCUCUCCGUUUGAAAAGAAUGAAUGGAAGAAAGAAUUCGCCUUCGUUGUUGCUUUGCUUCAAACAAUGUAAUAACACUAUGGAGAAAGGUAUAAACCAAACUUGGAAGGACAAGGCCAGGCCACCCUUUUUUUUUUUCUCUUCAGAUUCUGUUUACUGUAUCUGCCAAACCGGUCAGGUGGGCAAUUGAAGACGGGUUUCGGCCUAUCCCUUCUGGAAAAGAAACGCCGGCGGAGAGGUUAGAAGGUGGUGGUAUGCUGCUGCAUUCCAUUUAUCUAACACCCACAUUUAUCUACUCGCUCGAUCGGCUUUCCCAAGUCCCCCAUUCCCUUUAGUUUGUUAACAUUUUGGCGGUUAACAUCUACUCGCUGAGUGCUGACUCUCUCGAGACUCUUAACCCAUUUCCUCCUCCUCCUAGCUAGCUCCUCAUGUGUUGGAGGCUCGAUCUUUGUCCCUCCUCAUAGAUAAUCAUCAUCAUCUGCCAAAUCACCGGCCAGCAAAAUCAAAUAUGUGUGUGUGU